AAUGCACUUUAACUCAUGCAGAGAGGAUGCACAAAUUAAGCACAGGACUGUUGUACAGGCUCAUGCACACCUAUUUACUAUUGUUUAUUAUUUUAGUGAUUUUAACCAUCAAUAUUUAUAGUAUCUAUACCAGUAAGUAUGCUGUACUCUACUCUAUUUAUACCAGUAUGUGUGCUGUACCUAAAAAUAGGAGGAUGAGAGCAACUUCAUGGUGCCCAGUGCAUCAAGCAACAGCUGGUACCAUGUAAACACCUUAGCAAGUUGCUGCACUUGUCCAGUUGGUGUGACCGGUGCUCCAUGCAAGCACCAAAGCGCAGUUAUGCAGACAUUUAACGUCACAGAGGCAGUCCCUGUAACCACCACAUCUCUUCUGAGGCGGCUUUUCCAUGGAAUCGCCUCUGGGGGUAGCACUCCAGAGGACUGGUUUGAGACACUGGCUUAUGAAAAGGCUGUGGUGGACGACCCCCUGUCCCAUCUAGCUGAGGAAGCAGGAGCAAGCACAUCAGAGGAAGUUGAGGAGACAGCAUUCCUGGAGAAGCAGCUUGAAGACAUUGUUGGGCUCCUGAAGCGCAAGCUGCGUGAGGAUACAACCUUCACUGCUCCAGUGAAAUCCUUUGUGGACACAUUUGGGAAGCUCCACACUGACAGUGCUGUACAGUCAGCAUUGUUUUCCUUCGGGAAAAACGAUCGAGGGCAGUCUAGUGUUCGUGCAAGGCCGAGGGGCUUCCUUCAAACGAGUGCCACUAUAGGUGUCCAACCGACAGCGGUGUCCCGGAGAAAGGCAGCUUUGGGUGGUAGGAGAACCCUUGGAGCUGGCAGACCCCCAAAGAGCUCAAGAAAGGAACAUGGGUACUCCAGACAAGGCAGACCAAAGGGUGUACCACACAACCUGUGAGUGCUCCUCACACCACACUCCUUUCCCCAGUAUACAUAAAAGUUCUCUUAAUCAGUUAUUGAUCAAUUCUUUCUCAAUCAGUUCGGUUUGUUUCAUUUCGAUCAGCUCAAUCAGUUCAUGGUUCUAUUGUUCAUUUUUACAAAUCUAUACAAAACCUAUUGUAUGUAGUUUUCUGCAAACCUAUGUAGGGGGUUAAAGGUUAAGGCUGCCAGUCUUCCGGUCGUUGUGUUCCUUAAACGUCUGUAUAUAAAUUCAUACAAUCACAACAAAUACUAAAAACAUACUAAGGCGAACCGCUUAGAGUCAACGGGGCCUAAGCAUUUGUAAUAAUUGUAUUAUUAUUAUUAUUAUUAUUAUUAUUAUUAUUUUCUUUUCUAUUAUUGUGUUAAAUGUUCCAAAUGUAAAGCACUUUGAGCUGCAUUCUGUGUAUGAAAGGUGCUAUACAAAUAAAGCUUAUUAUUACUAAGAAUUCAACUGUAGUCAAUCAACACUAAUGGCAGGGGAAUGUGUCAAAGACGACAUUUUCACUCCUGUUUCGUUUAAUGUAUGCAUGUAUUCAACAUAACUUAACCCAAUAGCUACAAUACAGGCUAUGUAUAGGACAUGUAUACUGUAGGAAUUCUGUCAUCAAGAUUAUGGUCAUUCUGAGAGUGGUUAUUAGGCUACUGAUAGUCUGUUCACGCAGUAUGGCAUAGAUUAUGAUAUUACAUUUAGUGCUAAAAGCAUGAUUGUCAGAAGUAAAAAGAAUAAGAAACGUAUAUUCCUUGGUUUUAUUUAUGCAAGUUCUCACUCAAAGUAAAAUGUAGCCUAUUUGUAAAAUUUCUAAUGAUGAAAUGAGUGAUGACCGAUAAGCCUGCCUUUGAUUUGUGUGUUUCCUAAC